GCAGUCGCAUAACCAUCUGCUUACUUCAAUUCCACAGUCAUUGAACGGCUUUGUACUCGACUAGUAGUAGUUGUCUGCUCAACCUAAUACCAUUUGGAUUAUAUUGUAGUAGUUCACAUAGUUCUUCUGACUCUUCUGAGAACAUCAUAUCACCAAGGGUGUGGUUUUUGCAUCGUUUUUUUUCGAUUUUUUUUUUGACGUACACAUCUGUGAAUUGUCAAAUCGUUUUGUGGGAUUUAUCCACCAAAUUUAAUUCGUUUAAUAUCACCAAACCAAUUUCAAGUCAUAAUGUCUGAAGCACCAUCCUUAAAAGAUUUACCACGUGUCGCUGGCGACCUCAAAAGUGAAUUGGAAACAUUUAACACAACGUGCAUGAAAAAGGCCGAUACACAAGAAAAAAAUAUUUUACCAUCUGCAGAAGAUGUAAUCGCAGAAAAAACUCAAAAAACAUUAAUUGCUGGUAUCGAAAAAUUCGAUGCCACUAAAUUAAAACAUACUGAAACUCAAGAGAAAAAUCCAUUACCAGAUAAAGACGUGGUUCAAGCAGAAAAAGUACAUCAAAAUUUAUUAAAUGGUGUUGAACAUUUUGAUAAAUCAACAAUGAAACAUGCAACAACUCAAGAAAAAAUUUGUCUGCCCGAUUCAGAAGUUGUUCAAGCCGAAAAAGUACAUCAAAAUUUAUUAAAUGGUGUCGAACAUUUUGAUAAAUCGACAAUGAAACAUACGACAACUGAAGAAAAGAAUAGUCUUCCAGAUACUCAAGUAAUCGCUCAAGAAAAAGACCAAUUAAAAUUGAUUGAAAAUGGCAAAUAAAAAGAUUUAAAAACAAAUAUUAAAAAUUUGCUUCGACUAUAAAAAAAGAAAUUCGUGUCAACAUCCACAACAAAAUGGGGAAGCAGAUUAUUUUUGAACAUAACAACAACAAAAAAAAAAAAACGAUAUAAUAAUUUAAUUAAAAAAAAAUUAAAAUCUUGGAAAAAAAUCAAAUCAUUUUUUUAGUCUUUCAAUUUUUUUAAAACUAUUCAAAAAAAAAGAAACAAAAUGCCAUCAAUUCAUUAUCAAAAAAAAAUAUCAAAUCUUCCACUGAAAAAUGUGGCCAUUUGUAAAUCGGUGCUCAAUCCGUUCAUUCCUGUAUUAACAUUACAUAAUAUAUUUAUAAAUAUAUAUAUAUUUGAUAUAAUUUUUAAUAGUCUUUUCUAGUCUUGCUGAAAAUUUAAUUUUUGUUUUUGUAUUCUAUAAGUCAUUCCAUAAAAAAAAUCCCCGAUGUCUACUCAGACGUUAACGUGAACGUUGAUUCCAACGGUAAAUGAGGUAUUCGAACGACUUUCGAUGUUGACUUGAAUUAUUCUAGAAACAUCAAUUAUUCGUUGCUACCUUUAAUGAAUUUAACGCCUACGAUUUUAUUCAUGGCGCCUUAAAAACCAAUUAAACACCAUGGAUUGAUAUAUGUUCUAAAUGAUUCAGUCGUUAGGACCUGGUGUGAUGUGUUUGAAGCUGAAAAUUUUCGUCUCAAUCAUCAGAAGAUUCUCCGUUAUUAUAUUUUCAUCAUAAUUUUGACACUUGUCAGCUAUUUUCGAAUAAUUAAUGACGUCAUUAAACACUUCGUUGAAAACUAUCAUAAUUUUGAUAUCCAUAUUUCCACCAUAUUGAAAUUAUUCAUGACGUCAUAAACCCUAUAACGAAUUGAUAUAUUUUCUAAGCCAAUAAGACCUGUUACUUAAUACUCACGAAGUGUUUUGCCAAGAAGAAUUUAGUCGUAAUUGAUCAUGAUGUCAAAAAAUUUAUAGAAUCAAACGUAAAUUCACGAUAGCAUCUGAAUAGACACGAGGAAUAAAAAAAAAGCUUCCUACAAUAAUAGGCCAGAUUUUUUUUUUGCUUUAAUUAGUAGAGCGUUGUUUGAAGAGUGAGACAGCAAGAUUUUGAAUUAGACUUUUAUUUUAUAAUAAUGCCUAAAACAAAAUAUAUUUAAUUUGCUAUAGUAAUAUUCUCGCGUCCAAAAAAAAAGCAUUAUUUAAAAAAAGGGGGGCUGAUCCGGGAUACUCUCAAAUUUAACUUACUUUGCGGUGAUAUUGUUCUUUUUUUUUUAACACAAAACGGGGAAAAUUUUGUUAGAUAUGUAUUGAUGACCUAAAAAGGAAAUAUAAAGUGUACAAAAAAAAAACGUAC